AUGCAUAAACGACCAGUUAUGCUCGUACCAAAGUCUUUCCCUUUCUCCCCGCCCAAUGGCACAACAUACCAGCAGGGGGAUGAAAAGCAGCUCUGCAAGAAGACACCAAUAUCCAUCCGGGACAUACAUCCCUGUCUGCUCGGUUCUCGGGACCCCCAUUUUCUACCUCCGACGUUCCAUCUUGGGUGGGCUGUCGGCGAAGACAAGCUACUGGAACUUCUUAUAAAAGAGUUUCCUGCAUAUAUUCAAUAUUCGGAACCAGACGGCAAGGGCGUGCCUCUGUGGGAGUCAAUCUUCUGCAUAGUCGAUGGUAUUAUUCAAGACUUCAAUAUCCCGGAGGAGCUCCAUGAGUGUCUCGAAGUCGCAGACGUUCUACGACCAGACGGCACCAUACAUCUAGCGCUCUGUGUCGGCGACAAUAGAAUUGGUAUCCUUCGUCCUCAACCCGGCGCAAUUGACAAAAUUGCAGAGAGAUUCUUUAACGGUGAACCACCCCAGUGGCAUUUAGACCCCAUCCACUGGCGGUGGAAGCAAAAGCUUCCUCGCGUCCUUUCUCCCAGCGAAGCUAGAGAGUGGGCAGCCCGAAUGAACGCGCGAGAUGCCGCCUUGGAGAAGUUAAAGGACAUUCACAUCUCAGCGUGA